UUUGAAAGUUGGUCCCAUGAUAUUUCAGAUUCACCCAGGCUUUAACUAGGUGGAUAUUUGCUUAUUUGGCAAUACAAGUAUAGAAUAAGUAGUAUAAUUUUUUGGAAAUAUAUAUUUUUUAGUCCUAUAUAAGGAGGUUAGGGGGUUGUCAAGAUUUUGUUGUCUUAAAGUUGUGGGGACUCUUUUGUUAGCAAAUUAGAGUAUUUUUGGCAACCCAGUUGAGAAAAUUCAAGGUAACAUCUGAAGAAGAAGAUCAAGAAUUGUAAUGGCCUCGGUGAGCUAUUCACAAACCAUGGAUGAUGAGUACGAAAAAUUUAUUAGAAGAAUGAAUCCACCCAGAGUUGUUAUUGAUAACGAAUCUUGCAAAAAUGCAACUGUUAUACAGGUGGACAGUGCUAACAAACAUGGCAUACUGCUGGAAGUUGUACAAGUGCUAACUGACCUUAAUCUGAUAAUUACCAAGGCUUAUAUAUGCUCUGAUGGAGGAUGGUUUAUGGAUGUCUUCAAGGUCACUGAUCAAGAUGGGAACAAGAUAACUGAUGAAGGGGUGCUAGAUUACAUUCAGAAGUCGCUUGGUCCAGAUUCUUGUUUUGCGUCGUCGAUGAGAAGAUCUGUUGGGGUUGUACCAGGAAUGGACCACACCUCAAUUGAAUUAAUUGGAAGUGACAGACCAGGUCUACUUUCUGAAGUCAGUGCUGUCCUAACCCACCUAAAAUGCAAUGUGGUGAAUGCUGAGGUUUGGACCCACAACACCAGAGCUGCAGCUGUAAUGCAAGUAACUGAUAAAGAAACUGGGGCUGCAAUUACCGACCCUGAGAGGCUGGCUAUGAUCAAGCAGCUCCUCUGUAAUGUACUCAAAGGCAGCAACAAGUCCAGGGAGGCUAAGACUGUUGUUUCACAUGGCGUUACUCACACUGAGAGAAGGCUUCACCAGAUGAUGUUCGCUGACCGAGACUACGAACGUACCGGCCAUGAGACCUUAAAUGAAAGAGAAAGGCCUAAUGUCAAUGUUGUUAAUUGGUGCGAUAAAGACUACUCAGUAGUUACAAUCCGGUGCAAGGAUAGGCCCAAACUCCUCUUUGACAUAAUCUGUACGUUGACUGACAUGCAGUAUGUGGUUUUCCAUGGAAAUGUUGAUGCUGAAGGACCAGAAGCUCAUCAGGAGUAUUGUGUAAGACAUGUAGAUGGAUCCUCUGUGAAAUCAGAUGCGGAGAGGCAAAGAGUAAUCCAAUGUCUUGAAGCAGCUAUUGAAAGAAGAGUAUCUGAGGGAUUGAAACUGGAAUUAUGCACUACAGACAGAGUUGGGCUUUUGUCUGAUGUCACUCGUAUCUUCCGUGAAAAUAGCCUUACUGUCACCAGAGCAGAAGUGUCAACUAGAGCAGGCAAAGCUUCUAAUACAUUCUACGUUAGUGAUGCUUCUGGAUAUCCCAUUGAUGGAAAGAUUAUAGACUCUAUUCGGCAAACAAUAGGACAGACAAUACUCAGAGUAAAAGGUUGCCCAGAAGAGUUAAAUCAAACUCCACAAGAAUCUCCGACAAGGUUCCUCUUUGGUGGUCUCUUCAAGUCCAGAUCCUUUGUCAACUUCGGCUUGGUUAGAUCCUACUCUUGAACGCGUUAGUUCUUAGCGCUUCUGAUGUAUAUUCCUCAACUUAGAUAUCUACGUUAGGUUUUUAUCCAAAGUCAGCACCACAUACAGCUUGUUCUUGAGGUUGAAAAAGAAAGUUAGAGAUUGAGGUUAGUCUUUAGUGCCUGUAAAUAUUGUCCAGUUACUUCCCUUACCUAUGUAUUAUUCAUGCAUCCAAUAUAACGUUGGAUUGAUGAAUGUUGUGAUGGAAUUUUAAUCAUGCAAUUGGCAACAAAGAUUGAGUCAAGAAUGAGCAUUGGUGCAGGGCAUAUCUUUAGCUAUUCUAAAGUUUAUGGCAGUAUUAGUCAAUUGUAUCAAUUUUCUGUUCU